UAGAAGAAGGAAGCCAACCCAAGUGCAACUCAGCAACGGAUUUUAAUGGAGUCGGGCUGUAGCUUAAGAACCCUAAACGCCAUAAGCCCUUUACCCUUCCAUUUCCGUUCAAGAACCCUUCUUUUGCGUCCCUUCUACUUAUCCCAAUUCAGGAAGAGGCAUUUCCACUCGUUCCUUUCUUUCUCCCAACGCUUCUCUCCUCUCUGUUCUGUGUCUGAAAGAGGAAAUGGGAAUUCUUUGCCCAGUGGAGUGGGCGAGGCUGUUAGUGAAGUCCCACGAAAUAAGCUUCUUCAAGUGGUAUUAGUUUCUCCCCAGAUUCCAGGAAACACAGGUUGCAUUGCCAGAACAUGUGCAGCAUCAGCUGUUGGACUACACUUAGUUGGGCCCUUGGGAUUCCAAGUUGACAAUACAAAACUAAAGCGCGCUGGACUAGAUUACUGGCCAUAUGUGGUUGUAAAAGUUCAUGACUCCUGGGCUGAGUUUCGGGAAUACUUCAGGCAACAGCAAGGUGAAAAGCGUUUGUUAGCAUUUACUAAAAGAGGAACAACAACUCAUUCAGAAUUCUCCUAUAGAAAAGGCGAUUACCUCAUUUUUGGCUCAGAAACGAGCGGCUUACCACCUGAAGCUUUACUGGACUGUAAAAGCGAAACCAUUGGCGGUGGAACCAUUCGGAUUCCAAUGGUUGAAACAUAUGUUAGAUGUCUGAAUCUCUCUGUGAGUGUUGGAAUUGCUUUGUAUGAAGCUUCAAGACAGCUAAACUAUGAGCAGCUUAAAUUCCCUUCCGAAACUUGGUUGAAUAACGAUCAAUCAUUUACUACUGAGGAUAUAUUUGCUUGAUUCUACUGUGUCAUUAUUUUCUUCCCAAAUCUGUAAUUGCAGGAAUAGAAAUUUUGGAUUGAGAAUAGAUGCAUCAUUUGUUAUGCUGUAAUUUCAAUUUCAAUUUCAAU